AUGGCGGGGCUACAUGACGAAAGCAGCAAACCGCCGCGCUUGGCAUCGGACACCAAUGCGGAGGUGCUGCCCUCGCGACGGGAAAAGGCGCCGAAAGCUGCUCCUGAGGCGGAGGAAGUCAAAAAGAUGAGCAAGCGCAAGAAGAGGAAGCUGGAACAACUUGCACAGAAACAGGCCAGCAAGGAGUUAAGGACUCAAGUUCUGGAGGAGUUGAAGGCCGUUCAAUUGACGGCAGAGCAAGCUGAACUCCUCAGAGCCUCCCAGAGUACGAGGUUGUCCAAAAGACAGCAGAAGGCCAUGGCGCAGCGCCGUGCCCAACUGGGUGUGCCUCUGACAUCCGACAUGAAGGACAAGCUCAAACGACGGCCCCGUCAGCUGAGACGUCACGAAGAUGGAGAAGACGAGGAGGGCAGCAUCGAUGCUGAAGGUGACGAGGCAAUGCCCGACAACAUUUCUAACUAG